CAUACACACGCACCGAGCCAGGACAAAGCGGGGAGCUGGCUGUGCGGCUGGGGCGCACGGAUCCCCGCGGGGCUGCUGGCCCAGAGGCGAGGCGGCUCUGGCUGCUCGGGGACCGUCCCUCCAGGGGCCGGGGGGCGCCGCGAUGGAGCGGAGAGGUGGCGGCGGCGGCCGGGCUGCGCGGCGGCUGCUGUCCGGGGACAAGCGAGGACCCCGCCCGGCGCCGGCAGCUGUAGCAGCCCGGGGCGCUCGCCGCGCCUGAGCCGCCCCCUCCAUCCCUGGCCCGCCCCGCGCUGCGGACCCGACCCGGCGGUAGCCCCUGCCCGGGGCCAUGAGGACCAGACCCCCCUAGCGGAAGCCAGGCGAGCGGCGGAGGGGGGAUGUCCCAGCCCCAGUCCUCCCGCGAAGUCAGGCGAGGCGGAGACCGAGCCCCGUCCGGGGGCCCCCCAGGGGCACAGGGAGCGAGCCUCGCCCGGGCACGCAGGGGCGAUCGUCGGCGGGCGAGAAGAAGGGAAGGUGAACGUGUGUGAGGGAGCCGGGGGCUCGCCCCAGCCCCCACCCAGUGCGACAAUGAGUGCUGGCUCGAUCGAGCAGGAGCCGUCGCGCAAGCUGGCCUGCUGCGGGGUGCCCCUGAUCACCGAGGACAUGCAGUCGCUGGCCAUCCGCACCCUCUCCGGGACCGACAUCAAUAAGCACUAUGACCUCAUCCGCGAGCUCGGCAAGGGCACCUACGGCAAGGUGGACCUGGUGUCCCACAAAAGCACAGGCACCAAAAUGGCAUUGAAGUUCGUGAACAAGAGCAAGACGAAGCUGAAGAACUUCUUGCGGGAGUUCAGCAUCACCAACACGCUCUCCUCCAGCCCCUUCGUCAUCAAGGUCUUUGACGUGGUCUUUGAGACUGAGGAUUGCUACGUCUUCGCUCAGGAGUACGCGCCUGGCGGGGACCUCUUUGACAUCAUCCCGCCACAGGUGGGCCUCCCCGAGGACAUGGUGAAGCGCUGUGUGCAGCAGCUGGGCCUGGCCCUGGACUACAUGCAUAGCAAGAACUUGGUGCACCGGGACAUCAAGCCGGAGAACGUGCUGCUCUUUGACCGCGACUGCCGCCGGGUGAAGCUGGCCGACUUCGGCAUGACCCGCAAAGUGGGCUGCCGGGUGAAGCGCAUCAGCGGCACCAUACCCUACACGGCGCCCGAGGUGUGCCAGGCCGGCCGGGCCGAAGGCUUUGCCGUGGACACCAGCAUCGAUGUGUGGGCCUUCGGGGUGCUCAUCUUCUGUGUCCUGACUGGCAACUUCCCCUGGGAGGCAGCCUCUGCCUCAGACACCUUCUUUGAGGAGUUUGUGCGGUGGCAGAAGGGGCGCCUGGCAGGUCUGCCAUCCCAGUGGCGGCGCUUCACAGACAACGCCCUGCGCAUGUUCCAGCGUCUCCUGGCCCUGGACCCCGAGAAGCGCUGCCCCGUCAAGGAGGUCUUCUACUUCAUCAAGUAUGACCUGAUGUCAGAGGUGCGCCGCCGGCCCUCCUACCGCUCCCGCAAGCAUGCCGGAGAUAAGCUCUCUGCUGGCCCCCACCGCCAUGAGACGCCCAGCUCCUGCACCCCUACCCCGCUCAAGAGAACCAUCCUGACGGAAGGCAGUGGCCCCCGGCUCUCUGCCUCCGAGCCAGGCCUGCCCUCCCCUGGGGGAGCUAGCCGGACGGACGGGCGGCAGGACAAAGGCAAAGGGCAGAUGGUCCUGGCCACAGCAAUAGAGAUUUGUGUCUGAUGAGGGCUCAGUGGGAAUGAGGGGACAGCUGGUCCUCACAACACCGCUCUGCUCCGUACAGCCUGCAACGAUGAUGUCAGCCCCCCCGUCUCCCCGCCCCACUGGUGAAUGGGGGUCAAGGGGGGAUGGGGAUUCCUUUUUGUGUGAAAAGGGACCAGGAGCCGUGUCUCCCGAAGCAAAAAAUACUCACACUGCUAGUACUCACUGAUACUGAGGAUGCGACGUACAGCUAAACCCUGGAGAAAAGGCCAGAGUGCAGACACAGCCAGGCAGAAAGGCCCCGGCUUGGUGGCCGGGAAGGACCAUGUGUGUCAUGGCGGCCCCUCCCCGUCACGUCUUCCAUGAUUGGGUUGGAGGCUGCUUCCCCUGGCACUCUGCACUGUGCCCCUGCUUUGUCAGUGGGGCCUGGGAGGAGCGCUGAGGCUCUUCCCAUUGAUGGGGGUGGGCUGGGACUUCACAGGGAUGAGAGCAGGAAGCCACAGGAGGGAGGGAAUCGGCACUGAGUCUUGGACACACGGAUGGGUGACCAUCUUGCGGGCAGCAGGGGCUCAGCAGGGAUGUCACAGCCAUUGGGUGUGUGGGGGUGGGGGGUAGGAUGGGGUGGGGCUGCCAG